AUGUGUGAAAUGGAUAGGGACAAUGCGUAUAUUGCUAUUGCUGGGGAGAGUGUGGAAAGUUUAGUCAAACCAGAAUUGAAAGCAGAUUUAACAUAAAGGCUAGUGCGUGAAAGACUAUUCGUAAAAUACUUAUGAGGAUUAUUUCCAAGUCUUUCGAGGUUUCAGCAAGAAACGUUACCCAGAGAAAGCAGAGUUCGAAGCCGAUAAAUGUUACUGGUUUCCCCAUACGGAUUCACCCGAGCAUAAAGCCUAUGAUAAGAGAACCCCGGGUCUUUUUAAGGUUGAGUGGGAGGGACAAGGAAUUAUCGGGUUGUGUUAA